AUGUCUCUGACUGGCAAUAUCUUCUUUGCAACUGGUGUUUUGCACAACACAGUGGGUAUUCUGGUUCCAGAAUUGGCAGAGCCCUUGUGGAGAAUCAUUGCAGAUGGCGGCAUUGUGGCCACCGAAGAUAUCCAUGAACAUUAUGCAAGAGCAGCAACGUUUUGGUUCCAGUUUGCUGGGUUUGCCAUGAUGAUGCAAGGAUACCAUGUUCGUCACAUGGCUCUGGAAAUGAAGAAACAAGGACUGGAUGAAGAAGCUCCUAUCUGGUUUGGAUGGGCCAUGUUGGCACUUGGUGGUGUUGGUGCCUACUGUAUGCCCAUUAGCGGAUUUCAUCUGGUCUACUUGCAGGGACUGCGCGUUUUGUGGAUCCACCACGGCUCCAAGGGAAGCAUUAAAGAAGCUUAG